CUAUGAUUCAGAUAAAAACACGUGGGUCGCCAUUUUUUUAUGAAACCGACCGGUGUAUUGCAUCAAUUACAUAAAGAUGGAUCCUAGCAAGUUGAAAGAUGCCGCUGGCAGAAUGGCAUCAGGAGGAAAGGGCUUAGGAAUUGGAGGUGGAGUAGCGGCAGUUAUUGCUGCAGGCGCAUAUGCCCUGUCUAAAUCAUUAUACACAGUUGAUGGUGGUCACAGAGCAAUUAUCUUCAGCAGACUUGGAGGUGUUCAACCAAACAUUUACAAGGAAGGCUUACACUUCAGAGUUCCAUGGUUUCAGUGGCCAAUUAUAUAUGAUAUCAGGUCUAAACCUAGAAAACUGACAUCACUCACAGGAAGCAAAGAUUUACAGAUGGUGAACUUGUCAUUAAGAGUGUUGGCUAGACCAGAUGAAAGAUUGUUACCACAAAUGUACAGAGAGUUAGGUUUAGAUUUUGAUGAAAGAGUUCUUCCCUCUAUAUGUAAUGAGGUUCUUAAAAGUGUUGUUGCCAAAUUCAAUGCAUCACAGCUGAUCACAAUGAGACAGCAAGUUAGUAUAAUGAUCCGUAACGACCUGGUGGAACGUGCCAGAGAUUUCCAUAUCAUUCUUGAUGACGUCUCCAUUACAGAUCUUACAUUUAGUAAAGAAUAUGCUGCAGCCGUAGAAUCAAAACAGGUAGCCCAACAAGAUGCCCAGAGAUCUGUGUUCUUUGUAGAUAGAGCCAUACAGGAGAAAGCACAAAAAAUUGUACAGGCUGAAGGAGAAGCUACUGCAGCAGAACUUAUAGGAAAAGCAAUGAGUUUAAACCCCGGAUACCUGAAACUAAGAAAAAUAAGAGCGGCACAAAACAUAGCAAGAACACUUUCCCAAUCACAGAACCGUGUGUAUUUGAAUGCUGGAACAUUGAUGUUAAAUGUGACGGAUGAAGAAUUUGACAGAUCUAGUGAACUCCUGGUGAAACACAGGAAAUAAGAACACUGGAAUAAUUGAAACUUUUUUGUGAACAAUACGGUUAUUGUUAAUUCAUUGAGAUCAUGGAAAUUAUUGAAUGAUUGAAGUAAAAUGAAACUGUUUUUCAGUGAAGUGUUGACCUGGUGCAUGAAUAAAUGUCAUAGAGUAUCUUGGCACAAAACUACAGAAUUCCAAGGUUGACAUUUCAAAUUUCUGAAGGUGUUUAUAUUCCUUAUAUACAAGGUAAAACAACGUUGAUGGGAACAUAGCCCUGAAUUUUAAUACUGUAUACACAGUUUCAUAUAUAUUUUCUUCUGGGGCAAAAAGUUUUCUUUUGUAUAAUUGGUUAGAAUGUGUUUGCUAUAUUAUACUGUAGUCCCAAUUUAGUAUACUUGUUUAUCUUUUUUUAGAGAGGAAAGUAAAAUUACUCUUGCAGAACCGUAAU